AUGUAUGUUGUUAUUCAAUUUGUACUAUUUUUCUUUAUUCUUAAACCAAUUUCAACAGCAAUUCAACGAUUAUCACCUAUAUCUCUUAAAGAACAAAGUUCAAUUGGUACAUCUAUUUAUGAAUUAAAUCGUGUUUAUCCUUCAUCAUCAAAUUCAUUAAAAUUUUCAUUUAUAUCAGAUUCAAGUCCACAUAAUUCAUUUUUUAUGAUUGAUUCCCUAACAGGACGUAUAUCUAUAAAACGUAUGAUUGAUCGUGAAGAAUUAUGUCAAACACAUAUAUGUAAUUGUGAACGAUGUAUAUUAACAUUAGAAAUAAUAGCAUCAUCACAAACAAUUGAUAUAUUAUCAUUAGAUAUAACUAUUGAAAAUAUCAAUGAUAAUCAACCAAAAUUUCCUGUAUCAACAUUUCAAAUACGUUUAUCAGAAAAUACUGAUGUUAGUCAUAUAUCAUCAUUUCCAUCAGCAACUGAUCUUGAUUAUCAAGAUCGUCUUGAAUAUCGUAUUGUACCGUAUGAUGAAAGUACUGAUGAAGAUCUUAUAAAAACAUUUUCAAUUGUUAAUUUACAUACAGAAAAUCAACUUGGUUUACGUUUAUUAAAAUCACUUGAUCGUGAAACAAGAAAUUUUUAUAAAAUGAAAAUUGUUGCAAGUGAUGGCGAAUUAACUGGAGUCUUAUUACUUGAUAUACAAAUACUUGAUUCAAAUGAUAAUGUUCCGAAAUUUGAACAUGAUCAAUAUCAUAUAAAAUUAAAAGAAAAUAUUCCGAUUGGGUCAGAUAUUCUUCAUAUACAUGCAUAUGAUAAUGAUGAAGGUUUAAAUUCAUUAAUUAAUUAUACAAUUGUAACAGAUAAUCCAUUAUCAACAUUUCCAUUUGAAAUAAAUAUUACAACUGGUAUUAUUAAAUUAAUACAAGUAUUAGAUUAUGAACAUGAAACAAAUUAUCGUUUUAAUGUUCGUGCACGUGACAAUGGACCAGAUGCAAUUAGUGUUUAUACACAAAUUCAAAUUGAUAUACUUGAUGUUAAUGAUUGUCCACCUGAUAUUGAUUUUAUUUUACCGGAUACAGAUCCAAGUAAAAUUGAUCCACGUAAACAUGUAUUUUAUAUUGAAGAAGAACAAGCAAUAAAUACACGUUUAUUUCAUUUAAGUGUUAGUGAUAAAGAUUCAAUCAAUGAUAAAAUUAUAUUAAAAUUAACAACAUAUACAAAUUUAUUUCAAUUAAAUGAACAAUUUAAUGAUCUAUACAGUUUAUCAAUUAUUGGAAGACUUGAUAGAGAACAACAAGAACAAUAUCGUUUAACAUUUGAAGCUAGAGAUCAAGGUUCACAUAUAUAUAUAAAUUUGUUUCUUAAAUAUCAUUUUUUUUGUUUAGGUACUGGACCAUCAUUAACUACUCAAAAAGAUAUUACAAUAGUUCUUCUUGAUAUAAAUGAUUCACCUCCAAUACUUGAUCCAUAUCCAAAUCCAAUAAGUAUCAAUGAAAAUAAUCAAUUUAAUAUUCAACUUAUUCAAUUUCAUGCACAAGAUUUCGAUGCACCAAAUACAUCGAAUAGUCUUUUAACUUAUUCUCUUGUAUUAACAAAUAAUUCUCGUUUAUUUAAAAUUAAUUCAACAAAUGGAAUUCUUUCUACCGCAGAUAAUAUUUCAUUUGAUUAUGAAUUAAAAUCCAAGUAUGAUUUAAUAUUAAAUAUAUCAGAUCAUGGUACACAUCCAAAACGUCUUGAAACAUUACAUCCAUUUAUUGUUUAUAUCAAUGAUACCAAUGAUAAUAAACCAAAAUUUGAAAAAGAUUCCUAUUUAUUUCGUAUACAAGAAAAUGUUCCUAUUGGAACAUUAAUUGGUCAAAUAAAAGCGAAUGAUAAUGAUACAAAUACAACAAUAAAUUAUGAAUUAACAUGUCUUGAUGAUCAAGAUUUAUUUGAAAUCAAUUUAUUAAAUGGACAAUUACGUACCAAAGCUUUUCUUGAUUAUGAAAAUCAAACAAUACAUCGUUUAUAUAUAACAGCGAAAGAUAAUGAUUACCGUCAUUCUGAUCGUGUAUUAGUAACAAUUGAAUUAAUUGAUAUUAAUGAUAAUACACCUAUUAUUGAUUUACCAUCAGCUAUUUAUAUUCCAAGUGAAUUAAUAUUAAUAAAUCAAACAAAAUUAAUACUUAUUACAACAAUAAAUGCACAUGAUCGUGAUAGUGGAAUGAAUGGAAAUUUAACGUAUGAUAUUAUUGAUGGUAAUCAAAAUGAUUAUUUUCAAAUAAAUAAAUUUAAUGGAACAAUAUAUAGUCAAUCAAAUAAUUUACCACAAGGACAUCAUCGUUUAAUAAUUAAAGUAUGUGAUCAAGGUGAAACAAUAUCAAAAUGUUCAACGACAAAUAUUAAUAUUAAAAUAGGAGAAUAUAGUGAUAAAUUAUAUUAUACAACAUCAUUAAAUUCUCAACAAUUAUCGGAUAAAAUUCAUGAAAAAGACGAUACAUCAUCAUCUGAACAAGAAAUAAUAUUAACACGUGAUAUGAUUCUUGUUGUUGUUAUAUCAACAAUACUUACAUUAGUAUUUAGUAUAACAAUGGGUAUUUUAAUAGCUUUUUUUUGUAAACAAAAACGAUGUAGACAUUUACAUCGAACAUCAUUAAAAAAACCAUGUGAAUUACUUCAAUCAACUGAUGCUGACAAACUUCUUACUGGGACAGCAACUAUGAAAAAAUUAGCUACACAUCAUCAUAUUGAACCAUAUGAUGAUAUGAAAACUUCAGCUGGUGGUAGUGGUGGAAGUUCACAAGAUAGUUGUUAUGGAAGUAAUGAUUUAUCUCGAUCAAGUUCAAGUGCACAUGCUGUUGCACGACCUCUUCUUACAGCACAACAUCGUUCAUCAAGUUUAAGUUCAACAAGUGUUGAUUAUGCUGUACCCACACAACGACAUCAAUCUUCAUUUAAUAAUAAAUCACCAACAGUAGUUAUUGUAGGUAUUCAUCAAUCGACUGAUAGUAACGAUGAUCAUAUUCAACAACAACCACAUCAUUUAAAAACAUUUCAUUCACCAGCAACAUCAUCAACUUCAUCAAGUCAUUCAAAUUUUAAAAAAACUGUACAAUCAUUAACGAGAAGACCAAUAGCAGAUCUACAAUCAACCUAUUUAACAUAUGAUUCAAUUGAUACACCACCUCCUCCACCGAAUAUAAAUUAUUCAAAACAUUCUUCUACAACAUCAUCUUCAGCUAUUAGUUCAACAUCAAGAGAAUACAGUAUUUAA